AUGGCCCAGAGAAAAGUCAAGAGCGGAGGGCUUGAGAAAAAGGAACCUUCAAAGGAGAUUGACCGGCGAAAGUCGAAAAUUCGGGCUCCGGUGACGCAUGAGGACUUGGGGUUGGAUGAAGAGGAGACCUGGCACAAGGAUAAAGACAAAAUUCUACUGGAGAAUGACAGGGUGGACGAAGAUACCGAGGAUGAAGAAGUUUUCGCCCUGAAGGGAAUCUCAGAUUGUGAGGACGAAGGCGAUCUCGAGGAGGAAGAAGCUGAAGAAGACCAGGACGAAGAACUUGCUGCACCACCUCCGAGGAAGUCAGCAAAAUCCAAGUCCAACGCUAAAUCUACGGUCCAAGAUGCUGGCCUGUCAUCCGAAUCUGAAGACGAAGACGAGUCAGAAGAAGAGACGUGGGGCACGAAGAAGUCUGCUUAUUACACAGUCCCUGGGGAGGACGAGGAGACUGAAGACGAGGAAGCACGAGCACUCGAAACUGCUGAGGCAAAAAGAUUACAGCGCAAAGCUAGAGAGGGGUUGGAAGAGGAUGAUUUCGGACUAGGAGGGGUAGAGGAUGAACUAGAGGAGGUUGACGCGGCGAUGGAAGAGCCUGCUCCGGUGGAGAAAAAACAGGAGCUGCCGAAGGAUAAGGAGGGUUUGAAGCGACAUCUGGAGCUCCAUUCGCCGGAGACGCUCGCGCUUGCCAGGGAAUGGGGAGACAUAGUCUACCGAAUUGGGGAGAUCAAGAAGCUCAUUGAAAAUCAACCGGCGGACACGGAGCCCGAUUUACUGGGUAUCAUGCACUCGCAUUAUCAAGUACUCUUAACAUAUGCCACUACGCUUGCCUUCUACUUACACCUCCGCGCCACCCCAUCUCACGCGACUUCCCCCUCCCCUCUCUCUGAUCAUCCCGUUCUCGACAGGCUCCUCGAGCUCAAGCAGUUCCUGCACGUUAUGGAGAGCUACAACUUUGCCGCUGAUGACCCUCUGCGGACUGGGGAGCUCGAGGAUGAAGACGAUGAAGAGGGGAUGGAUGGAGUUUGGGAUCUAAAGAAGAGGAUGGGGCUCGAGGAUGGAGAGCUAGAGGCGCUCUUGAAGGAGACACGGGGUGUAGAGAAGGAACUUGCUGAGGAAGAGGAACCGGUUAUGACUAACGGGAAAGUGAAGGCUAAGAGUAAGGCGGACGGAAAACCUAAGUCGAAUGGAAAAGAGAAGAAACCAGUCAAGGAGAAGAAGAAGGGCGUAUCGUUCGAUCUGGUUCAGCCCGAAUUUGUCCCAUCGGCACGGAAGCGUCCCUCCGCCUCGGUACCAGCCGAUGCUUCAGCCGACGACCUUGCGUAUGGAGAGGUGACUACUCUCACCGCUGCAGAUUUGGCGGACAAGGCUGCGCGCAAGCGUAGCUUACGCUUCCACACUUCGCGCAUCGAGAGCGCGGCUGCACGACGCGAUGCGGCACGCCGGAACCGGGAGGGCGGGGACGAGGAUAUCCCGUACAAGGCGCGCAGAAAGGAGGUGGAGCUGCAGGCGAAUGCGAGGGCGGAGGCGCGCCUCAAGAAGCGCCAGGAACAGGAAGGGGCCGAGCUCGACGAUGAGGAGUGGGGUGAGAGUGAUCGGAAGAGGGCGAGGGAGGCUAUGCAGCCUGGGGAGGAGGAAGACUAUGAGGGCUUGUAUGAGGCGGUUGAGAGAGGUCGGAAGAGGAGAAAACUCGAGAAAAAGGAAGCCUAUGAUGAAGAGAGAGCAGCCGAACGAUUUAUCCCUGACGAGGAAGGCCCCAAUGGCCCGCGUUCCCUUACCCGGGCUAUCCUCACGAACAGAGGUUUGGCGCCGAAGCGUUCUAAACUGGCUCGUAAUCCCCGCGUCAAGAAACGGGUCAAGUUCGAGAAGGCACAGAAGAAACUGGCGAGUCAGAAGGCCGUGUUCAGGGGUGGCCAGGCUGCUCUCGCUGGAGACUACAGUGGAGAGAAGAGUGGUAUUAGCAAGAGGCUCGUCAAGAGUGUUAAGCUAUGA